AUGAAUCCCCGAGCUGCUGUGGAUGCGCGCACGGCCCCGCAGCAAGAAAGGCUCUCCACCUCGUUGGCCACCGUGCCAUGAGACCGGACCGUCUCCAUAUUUUGGCCUUGGCCUUCCAGGGCGCAUGGGCGCUUGCCUGCAACCGCAGCAGGGCCUUCGUGAAGCCACCUGUGGGGAUGCAGAUGGAUGGAUGCUGGGACGAUGAGCUGCAUGAUUCCCUUGUCUUCCACCUGCACGUCCCCAAGGUGGCUGGCUGCUCCAUGGUAGAGGAUGUCACUUCAAUGAUUGGCCGCACCAAGCUGUGGUCCAAUGAGGUUUGCUACAGCCACUCCUAUGCCAAGGGCGCCCGAUUUCAGCACACCCUGGUAAUGUUUCGGCAGCCGAGGGCGCAUGUCAUCUCCAUGUACGAGCACUGCAAGACCAAUCCACUGCACAGCUGGUUUCUGAAGAACAAAUUCUCCCAACCGCACAACCCAAUGCCGGACACGCUCAGCCAAUGGAUCCAUGCCUGGAAAAACAAUCCAACCUUUGGUUCAUAUGCCAUUGACCAGGCGCCAUUUGCUUGCUACAACCCCAUCAACCUGCAGACGCGGCGUUUGACUUGUUCCAGCGAGAACGACAACCCGCGAUCUGUGACAGUCGAGACUGCGGUGACAAAUAUGCAGUCUGCCAGUGUCGUCGGUCUGGUUGAAGCUUACCAUGAAAGCAUAUGCCUAGUGGCCGCUCAAGUGCUGCAGUCGUUACCCAGCCAUUGCCACUGCGAGGACUCGGACGCCUGGCAGAGCUUCAAGGCCACGCAUGAGGACCACGGCAAUGCGCACCAGCUGUCCUUGCGGGAAGUCCGCGCGGAGGUUAUGCAAGAGGUGGAUGCCCUCACGGAUGCAGAUAGCACGCUCUACAAAGCGGCGCUGGAGCGGUUCCUGAAGGACAUCGAGGCCGCAGAGCGGCGCUUCAGCACGAGGAUCUUGUGUCCAGGACGCCGGCAGAUGCUCCAAGAGCAGAUACUUUAACUCCUGGACCUCAGACAAAGAGGUAUGGCGUUCACUGAGAGCACGUGGUGUCCCAGUGCUUGAAAGCAGGCCAGUAGAAAAGAGGAAACUAGACAGCUGUCUUAGACCUUACCAUUGGCUUGGAAGCUGUCAAACGAGAGCACAGCCAUCCGCAGAACGGCUUGUACGGAAGGAAAAUCAGAGUGAUGCUCGAUGAAGCAACAUGCCUCGGUCUGCCGCGGGCACUAGCAGCUUUUGAGCACAGUCAAGGCUGCAUCCCAAAGUGCAGGAUGUGCCCGAAUCUUCCCUCUGUCUUGGAGCUUCCGCAGAAGCAAGC